AAACCCAACCCCCAUUUCACCUUCACCUGCAGCUAACACACACAGAGAGAGAGAGAGACAGACAGAAAGAGAGUUGAGAGUGUUUUCAUGGCGAAGAAGAUCUUGGGUGCCCUCCAUCUCCACCUUCUCCGCUCUCAUCAUGCUCAUCCUUCCUUCGGUGUUUCGUGUAGUCGAUUGUUUUCAACCACCACUGUGACUCCAAAUUCAAGUGAUGGUGAAAUUCCAUCUGAUUUACUUAUGCCCAAAAAAAGUGUCUCAAUUUCGGAUCGUAGUCAAGGAGUGUACCAGGAUUUGGUAAUCCCUGUGACAAACUUCCAUUUUGAAGAUAAGGGACUUAUGGCAUUAGCCGGGGAUGUGUUUGAUGUACCAAUCAGGAAAGAUAUUGUUCAUAGAGUUGUAAGAUGGCAGCUUGCCAAGCGUCAACAGGGAACCCAUUCGACUAAGACAAUCAGCGAGGUUAGUGGGACAGGGAAAAAGCCAUAUCCACAGAAGGGUACUGGUCGAGCAAGGCUUGGUUCACGACGUUCUAACCAGCAAAGGGGAGGUGCUACCAUGCAUGGUCCUAAACCACGAAGUCAUGCCCAUAAACUGAACAAAAAGGUUCGGCGUUUGGGAUUGAAGAUUGCAUUAUCUGCACGCGCUGCAGAAGGAAAGCUGUUGAUUUUUGAUGAUCUGACAGUCCCUACUCACAAGACCAAGAACAUUGUUAAUUGGGUCGAUGAAAUGGAGGAUUCAAAGAAAUUGCUGUUGGUCGAUGAUGGUCCUAUAAGUGAAAAGUUGAAAUUGGCUACGCAGAACCUACAUUAUGUUAAUGUUUUGCCUUCAGUUGGUUUGAAUGUCUAUAGCAUCUUGUUGCAUGACACUUUGGUAAUGUCUCGAGGUGCUGUGAACCGGAUUGUUGAGCGGAUGCACACCCCAAUCAGCCGAUGAGAAUGACAACUGAUUGGUGAUAUUCAUAUCUUUUUCACUAGCUUUCACCAUGAGACAAUUUUGCAGCUAGAAAUGGGAUGUAUCUCCGAGUUCUUAUGUUCGGUUGUCUUAGCUUAGGACGAAUUAAUUGCAAUUUCUCUUGAUGUUUCAAUCAACAUCAACAAUCUGAACGAACAUAUAUUACUUGGCACGCCAUGUGUCUUUUGUUGUAGCUGUAAAUCGCUUUUAGUUCAUUGGAUCAUCUCCUUGACUGAUUAAUAUGAGCUCGAUACUUCAAUAAGGAACAAAAUCGUUUGAUUGCGA